ACUUAAUUCGUUUUAAAGAGCGCCGGCUAAAUACCAUAUAAAUUUUACAAAAUUCUUGCAACAUCCAAUAGUCAUCGUUUUGCCCAUCGACUAAAGACCAUUAAAAAUGAAGUUUCUCUACAGUGCAUUGGUGUGCCUAGCUUUCUUUGCGGAUAUUAUAAUUGCUGAUUUGGAAACCUAUGCCGCAUCAGUUGAGGCUUGCAAAAAGCUAUUUCCAGUAUCAGAGGACGAAAUUAAAUCCUUUUAUGAGAAUAAAACCGUUCAAUUUAGUAAUGAUUUUAAAUGUCACACAAAAUGCAUAUUGGAAAAGGAGCAUAUUUUCAAAAACGGAAAAAUGGAUGCAGAUUCGUUUUUAAAACACGCCCUGCAAAUGCCUUCUUUGAAAAACCACCAAGCUGAGGUCCUGAAAACCCUAGCCGAGUGUAAAAACAUAAAGGGCAGCAAUGAGUGCGAUACGGCUUUCAAAUUGGGAAAAUGUCUGUUUGUGGAUCACACUACAUUUGUUCACUGAUCUGAAAAAAAUAUUUUUAAAAAUAAAAUAUUGAUGGAUUGGAAAUUGACA